GUUCCAGCUGUCAUUGCACCUGAAAAUCCUCCACUACCUCCACCACCUGAGCUUGUUAUAAAUGAGGUAUGAGUUAGGGAUUUUCAGAAACUUAAACCACUUAUGUUCCAUGAAGGGAUUGAUCCUGUAAAAGCCAAUGAGUGGCUAGAGUCAGUAGAAAACAUAUUUCAAGUCAUGACAUGUACGAACACGGAAAAAGUUGCUCUAGCAGCAUAUAAUCUAAUUGGUGAGGCCCAACAAUGGUGGAAUUUGGUAUCUAAGGCUGAGCCACAAAUGGAAUGGACCCGUUUCUUGGUGUUGUUCAACCAGAAAUAUCUUCCCCAAGCUAUUAAAGAUAGUAAGAGUAUGGAGUUCCAAGACUUGAAACAAAGGGGAAAUAUGACUGUGACCGAAUAUGAUGCACAAUUCACCACACUUGCACAUUAUGCUGAGCAUUUGAUUCCGAAUGAUAGUAUGAAGGCAAGAAGAUUUGAGGAAGGGCUCCAACCAGAUAUACGCAAAGCAGUAAAACUCCUAAAGUUACAAACAUAUGCAGAGGUGUUAGAUCGAGCACAGAUGCUCGAGACAGAAGAAGAAAACAACAAGAGGAUUCGAGAGUUGAAGAAAAGAAAGUAUGCAAACUCCAAUCCAAGGGUGAAUAACGGGCCACCCAAAAGAAAAAAUGUUGGGAAUCCAAAUAGAGGGAACCAGAAUCAGAAUCAAAAUCAAAAUCGAGGAGGGCUCCGACCGAACUGCCCUACUUGUGGGACCAAUCAUACAGGCAUAUGCCUUAAAGGAAUUGGAGUUUUCUAUUCUUGUGGUGAAGCAGGACAUAUAAAAAAAACUGCCCAAAGUUGCAGACAAAUCCAGUUGUGGCGCAAGGAAAUGGGAAUCAAAGAGGGAAUGCAAAUGCAGGGCACAAUAACAGUAACCAAAGACAGACCAGUAACGCAGGACAGAGGCAAGGAAGGGCGUAUGCACUAGUCCCAGGCAACACGCAGGAGUCAGAGAACAUGGUGGCAGGUUGGUCUGAGGAAUACGUGCGAGAACGAUCCAAGUCUUUAGCGUAGCACUCGAGAAAUCAAAGGUGACAUACUCUAACCUUGGUUAUAUUGCUUUCUCAAGAAAAUUAUGUUAUGUGUUUCUUAUGCUCAAAAGUUAUGAUAUGUUAUAAGGAAGCAUGAUUUGAUGAAAUGUUUUUAUAUCUUAUACCUUAUGCCAUGGAAAUAUGCUACGAGUUGUGUAUUGAAAAAUGAUGAUUUUAUAAGGAUAAUUAUGUUUGAGAAGUGAUGAUCCUAUGAACACCUUGCCAUUUAAAGGUGAAAAAGAAAUGAUAUGACGAUUCUAUAAGCUUAAAGUUCAUUGAUGCAUCCAGACAGCGGUGUCCCGGGUCAAGAGGACGGAUUUUAAAGAUACCGUGACCAACGAAGGGGUUAUAAGGAAGGAUUGUUAUGCAGCACUAGCUGCCAGUGAUUUGAUCAUUUCACACCACGUGGGGUCGCUCCCCUAUGUAUGUUAAGCUGUUGGAUGUGCAUCGUUUACAUAUGCGAAGUUGAUGAUAUGCAAUUCUUCUUAUGAAAUUUAUGAUAAAGCUAUGAUAUGCUAGACUGCUAUGUCAAUAAGGUUUCUGAAAGUUAUUUCCAUGGUAAAACGUAUAACUCUGGUGUUGUAUCUCACACGAGCUAUCGACUUAUGAAAAUUUACUAUUUUCCUACAGGUAAUGGCGCGUAGGAAUGAAGUAUGCUACUGCCCAGUGGACAUGUAGAUAUUGUAUAGCUAAUUUUUGAAAACCAAACUAGGAAUUGACUGUUCCCCCAUUUUGUGUAAGAUCACCUAUGUUUUGUAAAGGCUGUAAAUUUGCUAAGGCUCUGAUGGUGUUUUGUUAAAUGUAAUAAUGCUUCCGCAGCUUUUAAAUUGUUGAAAAUUUCUAUAUUU